AUGUUCAGGAAGGAGGAUUCUAUUGCACUCGCUUUCCUGUGCAUUUUUAUCAAUUUUAACUACUCCAGAGCUUCAAUGAGUGUUGAAACUCACAUCUAUUCCUUCAAGUCGGAGAUUCAAUCACCUGGGAGUGAACAUUUACAUGGAUUAAUAAAGGGACACGUUUUGGUGAAUACUCGAGUGAUCGGAGCAAGGAGGAAGCCUUCUGGAGCCACAGGAUCAGCUCAUAGACUCUUGCUGCAUAUUCUUCUUGAAUUAGAGGGUUCACAAACACCACUUCAGGGCUUGGUUCUAAGAGAUGAAUCCGGUCUGGUGGAAAGGAUUUAUCUACCUGCUUCUUACAAUUCCUCAAAUAUAAGAAUAAAUUUUCUCAAAGCUGUGGCAGGGGUUUUCAACUACCAUCACUUGUUUGUACCUGGUAUUGAAUAUGAUACAUCAGGAAAGUGUCGAACUUUCUAUGGAGAAGUUGAAGUUCCAGGAGACACUAAAAUUAUGGUCAUCGACAAACAGAAAAUUGCCUGCAAACCUAUUGGACAACCUGCAGAUGCUGGAAUGUGGAGCGUCUCAUCAGUUUUCAAAGGAAUUAGCACAACUAGUUCUUGGAUCAGGUACAACAUUGAAAAGGAAAGUGGCGUACUAGUCAAAGCAACAACCCAUGAACAGCUCUCGAUUGCAGUCUCAAUGAACGAAGAUGCUACCGGUGGAAAUGAUAUGAAAGUUAAUAGUGUACAAGAAUUGGAGUUGUUAAAGGAAUCUAGCAGCGAAAGAAAGAGAAUAAUGGAAAAAUUACAAAGCUUUUUAAAAACUACUCAAUCGACUGAUCCUACGACGAUGGCAGUUCAAUUGCUAGAUCAAUCCAUCACAAUUCAACAUCUCGCUCUCUCGAUUCCACCACAAAGUGCUUCCGUUGGCUGCGGAAUUCAAUCCGCAGCUUUCACCAAGGAGGCUUUUGACAGUCCAAAGGCUAGUUUGAGCGUGGAUAACUUAAAAGAACUCUUAAACAAGUUCAAAAAAGCCACAGAAGAUUCCGCACGCGUGUCUUCUGCCCAUGCAGCUCUCCAACUUAUUCGAUUUCUCCGAUGUCUUUCAGCAAAUCAAGCAUCGAUUCAAACUUUAGCUGCAACACUUGAAUUCAUUCCAUCUUCACAUAGAGAAUUCAAUCGACAACUUGAAUCGAAAUGGUAUAGCCAAUUGACUGAUAUUGUGAUUGACUGCGGAACUGAACUCUGUUUGGAGUUGCUACGACAGCGUAUUGUUAAGGUCACUCAACUGGCUGACCUUGAGAGAAUUGGCAGUACAGCAUCACGAGAAGUUCUUCCUGUUCGAACUUACCUCAUCAACAGUCUCUGGCCAUCUGUUGCCCACAUUUCAAAUCCAUCCAUUAAUAUUUUGAGAGAACUGGCAGCAAUUUGUUUCCACUCACUCCCGUAUAUGGAAAAGAUCUUUCGAGCAGCUGAAAGUAAUCCUGAAAACCCUUUCAACUGCUUGCUGGCUACUUCAACGCUAGUGUCUCAUUUUAAGGGUAACUAUAUGGAAGAAAAACUGAUAUUUAAUAAAUACGAAGAGACUUUGAUGAAUUUUAUCGCAAUCGAAAGUAAGGUGUUCAAUGACGAUAGCCUCAGUCGGCAUAAACUACUGGCAGGAUUCGCAGCAGCCGAAAAACUACGCAUACCAAGCCUAUCGGACCCAAUAAUAGCUGUUGUAAAGAAUCAUCAAGUUCCUUCUGUGAUCCGAGCUGUCGGUCUCAAAACAUUAGGUAACCUUGACUUUGACAGAGAUAGUAAAAAGAUUGAUACUGUGAUAGCUCUGCUAAAUGAGUUUAUUGAUUCAUCUACACCUGGGCCUUAUUUCGAAAAUGCUGCUGAUGAAAUGGUACUCAAAUUUGGUGCUUUUUCAGUUCUCCUGAAUCUGAAUAUUUCUGCAACUGAAAUCGCUGAAUUGAUUUCAAAAUUUGGGUCGCAUAAACAGUGGUCCCUAAUGGCUAGCUGUAGAAGGCUAGUAGAUAGUUGGUGUGAGAAUGAGCUUCUAUCUGAAUCUACCUGUCGCUGCAUCAGAUUUGGUGGUGGCAGCCUUUCUGACUCAGGAGAGAAAUGUUACCCGGGGUUAGGAGCGGGUUGGUCAGGCCUAUCUGGUACAACUUCCGCAGGGGAAGUGAACUUAAUUCGAGGUGACAUCUUCGACAAUCGGCCAUAUCUCCUCUCAGACUACACUCUUCAAUGGUCAACAGGAGCACAUGGGGAGAUAAGAACAUCCAAUUUGGCGGUUUCUCUUAUUGAUUCAGAUGGAGAAGCCAAGUUGCUGAGUUUCAAUAUCUAUGGGAAUCAAAUGGAGAAUCUUAUGGGGAAAGGAAGUUCUGGUGCAAACCCUUGGCUCUCAGUUGGAUUCACCCUCUUCCAUGGAUCUACUCCGCCAACUCAAGUAUUUUCCGGAGGUAUGACAGAAAUAAUUAAUAUACUCUUCAACGCUCCUUCUGAACCAACACCGUUUUACAGCUCUACCAGACUUCCAAUAGACAAUCGUUAUUAUCUUCCCUCAUCUUCUGGUUGGAUUUUAAGAAAUGACUUACUUGGUGUUGUGUCUGUUGAGCUUUCUGGAGCUCUCCGCUCGAGUUUGUUUAGUCAAAGUGGAACGGCAUUAGUUCGAACCCGAGCGGCAGUUGCAGUGGAAAAUAGUUUAAGCCUCCUUUACCCCGAAAAUCAGCAUAUCCCACUUACUUCUGCAGUUAGUGGAGCUGGAACGGCUGCCCGUUUUGAUUUUCUGGUUCACAUGGAGAUGGGUGGCAUGCCAGAUGCCAUCUGCAUGCAUCUUCAGAGAUCGCGUCUCACCCCAAUUAUGAGAUGGGUUGGAAAAUUUGAAGAUUCGCCAAUUCUAAGCAAAAGGACUAGUAUCUUGCAACCCUUACCGAAGUCGGUUAAUGAGGCGAAUGAUAACUACAAAUUGGUACAGUAUCUCCGUGUUCCGCCAGUGUCGUUCCAUCUUGGGUCCUUGAAUGCAGCACGAUGUCGAAAAAUUGGAAUUACAAAUGAAUGGGAUUAG